CGCUUCCGGCGGGUGUGGGCGGGUGGACGGCGCGAGAGAAGGGAAGGGAAGGGCAGGGAAGGGAAGGGCGGCGGCCGCGGCGCCAUGGACAGCCAGGGCAGGAAGGUGGUGGUGUGCGACAACGGCACCGGGUUUGUCAAGUGUGGCUAUGCAGGCUCCAACUUCCCAGAGCACAUCUUCCCAGCACUGGUGGGCAGGCCCAUCAUCCGUUCCUCUGCCAAAGUUGGCAACAUUGAGAUCAAGGACCUGAUGGUGGGCGAUGAAGCGAGUGAGCUGCGGUCAAUGCUGGAGGUGAAUUACCCGAUGGAGAACGGCAUCGUCCGCAACUGGGACGACAUGAAGCACCUGUGGGAUUACACCUUUGGCCCAGAGAAGCUGAAUGUGGAAUCCAGGAAUUGCAAGAUCCUUCUGACGGAGCCACCGAUGAACCCCACAAAGAACAGAGAAAAGAUAAUAGAGGUGAUGUUUGAGACAUACCAGUUUAGCGGCGUAUACAUUGCCAUCCAGGCUGUGCUGACGUUGUAUGCUCAAGGUUUACUGACAGGCGUUGUCGUGGACUCUGGCGAUGGUGUGACCCACAUCUGUCCUGUUUACGAAGGGUUUUCAUUGCCACAUCUAACACGGAGACUGGACAUCGCCGGCAGGGACAUUACCCGAUACCUCAUUAAGUUGCUGCUGCUGCGGGGAUAUGCCUUCAACCACUCGGCUGACUUUGAGACGGUGCGGAUGAUGAAGGAGAAGCUGUGUUACGUGGGCUACAACAUCGAACAGGAGCAGAAACUAGCGCUGGAGACCACAGUGUUGGUGGAGUCCUACACACUUCCAGACGGUCGGGUGAUUAAGGUCGGAGGGGAGCGCUUCGAAGCAGCAGAAGCAUUGUUUCAGCCUCAUCUCAUUAACGUUGAGGGCGUUGGUGUUGCCGAGCUGCUCUUCAAUACCAUCCAGGCUGCAGAUAUUGACACCAGGUCUGAUUUCUACAAGCACAUCGUGCUGUCGGGGGGCUCCACCAUGUACCCGGGUCUGCCCUCCCGUCUGGAGCGGGAACUCAAACAGCUAUAUCUGGAGCGUGUACUCAAGGGGGACGUGGACAAGCUCUCUAAGUUCAAGAUCCGUAUCGAGGACCCUCCCCGUCGCAAGCACAUGGUCUUCCUGGGAGGGGCGGUGCUGGCAGACAUCAUGAAAGACAAGGACAACUUCUGGAUGACCCGGAAGGAGUACGAGGAGAAGGGGGUGCGUGUGCUGGAGAAGCUGGGGGUCACGGUCCGAUAGACGACACCUCCUCCAUGCCGGCCAUCUUGCUGCUUUCUCUAU